UUUGAUUCUGCUUUUCAACCCUCUAGAUGACAACACGUGUUUAAAGUUAAAAGUUAGUGCCUGUAAAUUUUAAUUAGGCCCCAUAAUAUCCCGAUUAUCAAGGAAUAUCUAAUGAAUUUGCGAUUUGCAUUGUUAAAUGUUGUAGUUGUUACUGUACGUAGUUUUCAUUCUAAUCAAAAGGUAUUCGGCGAUAUAAAAAAUAAAAAUCGUGUGUUAAAUUUACUCGCCACCAUGCCGAAAGAUACGAGUCAUGUCGCACGUCUUCAAUCAGAAAGACAGGCAAAGAAGAUCACUAAAACAAAAUACCCACCAGGAACCGUAACAUUACAAGUUCUGGGUUCUGGUGUUCGUGGUGCACCACGGUCCCUCUAUAUGUUCACCGAUCAAUCAUGUUAUCUCUUCAAUUCCGGAGAAGGAUCUCAACGCUUGGCCCAUGAGCACAAGUUUAAGCUGUCCAAAGUUGAGAACAUUUUCUUCACCCGUACAUCUUGGCAAAAUGUGGGUGGGUUACCUGGAAUUUCAUUAACAAUUCAAGAUGUUGGUGUUCCCAAUAUCACACUCCAUGGACCACCUGGAUUGGGUGAAUUAUUUACUGCUGCCUCCAGAUUCAUCAUAUUAAAGAAUUUACAAGUCAAUCAUGUGGAUGCUACUUCACCUGCAUCAUCUUAUGAAGAUGCUGCCAUGAAAUUAAAUUAUGUAACUAUUAUGCCCAAUGAUGACGCAAAAUUACCACGUUCAGCUUCUAGUUCUCCUAUCGAAGAGGAGGAUGUGACCAAUUAUUAUUGUCGAGAAAAAGGAAAUCCUGAGGACGUUCCAGCUGCUAAAAGGACUCGUGUUGAAGAUGAAAGUGACGAGAACCCGAAAUCCAAAGCCGUUCUAGCUUAUGUAUGCCGUUUACAAGCGAAGCAGGGUACGCUUAUUGCGAAAAAGUGCUUCGAUUUGGGGGUCCCACCCGGACCACUCUACGGCCAAUUGAAAGCUGGGCAAGAUAUCACGCUUCCCAAUGGCAAGACUGUUUUAGCUUCUGACGUCUGUUCACCGGAUGAUCCCGGUCCAAUAUUCGUAGUCGUCGAAUGCCCGGACGAAACCUACUUAGAUAAUUUUGUAUCAGAACCACAGCUCUGCCAAUUGCAAAGACGAAACGGAGCCAGCGAACUUGACUCUCCCCAAAUCAUAGUUCAUUUCACUCCGGUUGAGCUGACGAAACAUCCGAAAUAUCAAGAAUGGAUGGACGGUUUUUCGGUGACUACUUGUCAUUUGAUGCUUGGAACGCCCAAAGAUGGCGAAGAAAGGCGAGGAUUUGGUAGUGUGGCCGUCCAUCGCAUUCAACAUCAACUGCAUCUCCUCGAUUCAGAAAUUUUUCCUCAUUUACCUUUUGAUAUGCGAGUGGAAGGAGAAACCGAACAAGCCGAGGCAGCAGAAUUAGAGUGUCAAACUCUAACGAAAUUUAAUUUGAGACCUCCGCUAAAACUCAACACGUCCCUUGUACCGGUUCUGAAUCCUAAGGAGUACGUCAAUGAGAGUCUUGCUCAGGAAGGUUUCCCGGCCAGCUUAGAAGCCUUGAAGUCUUCCCUGGCUGAUGCGGUUCCCAUUAGCAGCAGAGUCUACCCUAAAGUAACUUUCCUCGGAACAGGAUCAUGCAUUCCAAACAAAACCAGAAACACUAGUGGCAUUCUAGUCGAAUUAGAGAAGGAUCGGUUUAUUCUGAUGGAUUGUGGAGAAGGAACAUACGGGCAGAUUGUCCGUUUCUUUGGACACGAAAAAGCCGCCCACGUUUUGUCCAACCUUGUUGGCGUCUACAUCUCGCAUCUUCAUGCUGACCACCACAUUGGGUUGAUUGGUUUACUUCAAGGCCGACAACACGCGAUUGAGCGGACACGAUCUGACGCUGGCCCCGUCUGGCUGAUUGCUCCACAUCAGAUCAAUUUUUGGCUAAAAACCUAUCACCACAGCUUCGAGCGGAUCAGGCAAUAUUACAAACUGUUUUCCUGUGUCAACCUCUUCGAGAAGGAAAAACCGGAUCCUGCGCUCCUCACCGGUCUCAACUUGAAAUCGAUUGUCACCACUUACGUUCGUCAUUGCCCCAGCGCGUUCGGCGUCUCACUAACUACAGCCGACGGCUUCAAGUUGACUUAUUCCGGCGACACCAUGCCAUGCUUGGGUUUGAUUGAUAUCGGUCGAGACUCGGAUCUGCUGAUCCAUGAGGCCACAAUGGAGGACGGGAUGGAAGAGGAAGCCAAAAUGAAGACUCACAGCACCAUAUCUCAGGCGAUCGAAGUUGGCCGUUCGAUGGGAGCCAAAUUCACGUUGCUGACACACUUCAGUCAACGCUACUCCAAAAUUCCCAUCUUCAACGAGAAAGCUUUCUCCUCCAACACGAUAGGCGUGGCUUUCGACAACAUGACAAUUAGUCCAAAUCGUUUCCACCAUUUGCCUUAUUUCAUCCCCGCUCUCAAGUUGAUGUUUGCCGAUCACUGCGAAGAGAUGGACAACAAGACAAACAAACGCAAGCUGCGCCAGGAGCGAGAAGAGAACGAAAUCCAGCGACAACUCAAGCAAUCCGUUAAAAGUUAAAAUUAAAGAUUAGACUAAAUGACUACUAUUAAAAUUAACUACAUUACAUGACGAUUCAGUUAAAUAAAAAAACAAAAUUUGUUUGGACUAUCGCUCUA